UUUGGCGUUGACUAUAUAUGUUUUGUGCUCAGUGUUAUAUGGUGUAUGGUGUGUUCUGUGGUCACAACUUAAAAUUCAAGUUAGGUUAUGUUAUGAAACUAAAAAAUUUAAUAAUAAAAAAUAUUCCUCUUAUGGUAUUUCGUUGUUGUACCUGAAGUUUUGUAAUGCUUUAUCCACAUUUUCUCCGUCGAACACUAUUAAACCGCCAUUUCUACAUUUCUAGGCAGUAUCAAGAGCAUUAGCAACAUGUCUUCGAAACCAGUAGAGCAGUCGAUCCGAAAGAAAUUAACAGAACACUUAGAAGUCAGUCAUUUAGAAGUUAUUAAUGAAUCAUAUAUGCACAAUGUUCCAAAAGGGGCAGAAACCCAUUUCAAAGUUGUAGUGGUGUCCGAUAAGUUUGAUGGUGUUCCCCUGAUCAAAAGGCAUCGAAUGGUUAAUGAAAUCUUGAAAGAUGAAAUACAGAAUGGAGUUCAUGCUCUGUCCAUUGAAGCCAAGACUACCUCUCAGUGGAAUAAUAGUGACAAAACCAUAGAUCCAAGUCCAAACUGUAGAGGAGGAUUUGGAAAAUAAAACAAUAUCUAAUUUAAUUGCAUUGUAUAAUUUAUAAAAAACAAUCAAUUAGGCUAAUUAGACAAAAAUAAUGAUGUACUGCCCUACCAAGAACAGUAUUAUUGAUUUAAUGAAUAUAAUCAACUUUUUUUUUAUUGAGGCGCAGCACAAUUGAACUGAUAGAAUCACAUACAAUAUUAUAGCGUUGCAAUAUCAUAACCAGAAAAUGAAACAGUACAUUUUGUAUUUGAAAUUGCAACCUUUCCAUUUUUAACUUAAUACCAAUUUAUUAUAAUCAGCUGUUGAGGAUAACCUCUGCAAAACCAAGCAUGCUUCAGUGUCAGAGAACAAAACUGUCAAGUCUCAGUUUACCAUCAUUCUUUGUCAGAUAGAUUAAAUCUGCAAGGGUCUGAUCACAAAUUGCCUCUUCUCCUCUAUCAGACAUCUAAAAAUUAAGGUUUUGUUACAAUGCUAUUCAAAUAAAUAUUAAAAUCAAUAGUCUUGCUCUGUAUCCACUACAAUUCAGCAG